AUGUCAAAUAAUGAAGCAUCUAUUCGUAAUCUUCAACCAGUGUUACCUGGUAUUGGUGGUUAUGGAAGCGGUUCAGAAUAUAGUCAAACAUCAUCAAUGAUGCCUAAAUCAUCAAUAAUUAAAAACUCAAGUGGUGUUACAAUUCCACUACCACCAGCUUCUUCAUCAAAAAAUCUACAAUCAAUACAAAUUGUAUCAGCUGAUUUCAAACAAUCAGAUGAAUAUUGA